AUGAACUUCCUGAGACUGUUCCUGAGCCUAGCUUUGUAUCUACGAUGUACAGGGAGUUCGAGGAUUCUGGCUUUUCCAGAAUUCCCCUCACACAGCCACCACGUGAUCUUCAACCCCAUUUGGAGGGAAUUGUCCCUGAGAGGGCACCAAGUCACCGUUAUAACCCCUAACCCCAUGAACGAUCCUACCCUGAGCAAUCUGACGGAAAUAGAUGUGGGAUCUGCUUAUGAGGUAGUAAGGAAAAAAGACUUCGUGAAGAAUAUGGCAAAGGGAAGGUUCAUAGUGAAGAGGCUAUUAUUCCUGCACAAGAUGCUCAGUGACUGCAUGGAAGAGGAGAUGCAGCACGAGGAAUUCCAGCAGUUGCUACGGCUGCCAAGCGACCAUUUCGACCUGCUGAUCGUCCAGACUAUGCAUCCCUUGGUGUACGCGAUAGGCGCCAAGUUCAAAGCACCUAUAGUCGGCGUUUCCUCCAUGGGGGUAUUUCCCAACUCACAUGACGUCAUAGGAAACCCCACCCAUCCAGUGUUGUCCCCAGACUUUCUGGUCAGCCCAGAAGGCGAUAUGACAUUCUUCGACAAAAUCGACAGCCUUUUCUUCAACAUCGUCUACAGAUUGGUCUACCACUGGAUCAUUCUGCCAGAGUCAGACGCUACCGCCAGAAAGUAUUUCGGCAAAGACAUUCCGUAUCUAGGAGACAUCGAGAGCAACACCAGUUUGCUGCUGAUGAACAUCAACCCCUUCGUACACCCUAUAAGGGCUAACGUCCCUGCAGCCAUCGAAGUCAAUCAGCUACAUAUAACAGAACCAAAACCUCUACCCAAAGACAUCAAAGAUUUCUUGGACUCGUCUCCUCAAGGAGUCGUUUACUUCAGCUUAGGGUCCAACGUCAAAAGCGCCAAUUUAUCUUCAAGGACCAGAGAAGUGAUUGUCCGAGCCCUUGGGGAGGUGCCCUAUAAAGUUUUGUGGAAGUGGGAGACUGAUACACUACCAAACAAACCGGACAACGUAAUGACAAGAAAAUGGCUGCCACAGCAAGACAUUUUAGGCCAUCCUAAUGUAAAGGUGUUCGUAACUCAAGGAGGGUUGCAGUCUGUGGAAGAAGCCAUAUCUUACGCUGUCCCAAUGGUUGGACUACCUUUCAUUACUGAUCAGCCUGGUAAUAUCAAGAAGAUCACUGAUCUGGGCAUGGGUUUGGGUUUGGAUUAUAGGACCAUGUCCAAGGAACAGUUGAAGAAUGCGAUAAUGGAAGUUGGAGAAAACAGCUGGUAUAAACAGAAGAUAAGCGAUGCCAGAUUGAUUCUGGUGGAUCAGCCAAUCAGGGGGGUGCCGAAGGCGGUGUGGUGGAUAGAAUACAUCAUACGUCACAAGGGUGCAAGGCACAUGCGCAGUCCGGCAGCUGACAUGUCCUAUUUCGAAUACUUCAUGAUGGACGUAUUCUUGUUCUUGUUCGUUUGUUUUUUCGUUAUUGUAUAUACUGUGAUAAAAAUGCUGAGAAUUCUGAGGACUCUAUUCCGGUCGCAGAAAGUGAAAGUAAACUAG